CACAAUCACGUAUAUGACAAAGAGCUCUUGGAGAGCAGCCAAAGACCUCAGCUACCCUCCCUCUUGACCCGGCUCGAGGCCUCUGUUGCCCUGGAGGUUGAAAACCUUCAGAGACGGCCCACAGAGGUCCAGAAGUGGUCUGAAGGAGGAGCUGAGGUCUCAGAUUACAUCGUGGCAUGACUAGUGGCAUGGCUACAGCGGGCACCUCUGGCCAGAGUAGCUCUGGGCUUGGUAGGAAAAAGAAGAACCCGGGAGUCAUGGAUUCUCUAACCAAGAUCUUCGGAGGCGAGAAAAAGAAACGGAGUAAGUUCAAAGCCAUCUCAGUCGGUGUUUCCCCCUGGCAGGGCUCCUUCCGGGGUCACCACUCCACCUCCCCCCAGCAGUCCUCCGCUCGCCGUCGUACCAAUGAAAACGCUGUGGUGCAGUUCUUCAGGAGCAUCGUUUCGUCUCCUCCUCCAAAAUCCAGGUGGAGGGAAGUCUUUGGUUUGGUUUCAUCGCCACGUGCCGACGGCGCCAAAUCUCCGGUCAGACGACGCAGAGAGCAGAGCACGCUGUCCAGACUCUUCAACCUGGGAGAAACCAAGUCCCGCCCACCUCCCAAGCGCUGGAGCACCAUCUUCUGAGCACCGCACCGAGGACCCUCCACCAGAUACGACCCAACAGGAAGCAGCAGAUUCGGACUCACAACCUCCAGAAAUGUUAACCAACUAACACUUGUGAACAUUUGGCCUGAAGGUGCUUGUCAGUCCGUCUUUUAAUCUGUGAAUCUUGUGUAUCUGUGAAUCUUGUGAAUAUCUUAAUUUAAAACUUGACAGAGUCUGUUGCUCCUCCCUGUUUGGUGUUAUAUAUUUAUAUAUAUAUAUAUAUAUUUAUAUAUGUCGGGACUCACCCAACAUCCACUGAGAAAUGCAUGUUUGAUGCCAACAUACAAGUCAGAUUAACUCAUGUAUUCAACAGAUUGUUUUGACAUGUGGUGAGCGAAGAGCAGAGCGCCCUUGGAUUGCACUGUACCGAGAUAUUGAAGACUAAUGUGUGAAGAGUUUUAUACAUAUUUUAAAUGAAGAGAGGAAGAUGAAAGCUGUGAGAGACGAAGGAGGGAUAGAAAGUAGAAGGCAGGUAAGAAAGAUGGACGACGAUUCGUAGUGCUGAAAGGCAGAAGGACCAGCGGGAUGGACUUCUCUUCUCAUCAUUCCUUUAACAAGAAGCCAGAAACUUAGUGGCGUUUUCAUGUGUCGUGCACUGACCAAGAGAUGUCUGAUCUUUAAUGUGUUUUCCUGGGACAGUCUAACUGGAAAUAAACUUUUUGGUAGCCAAUUCUCUCUCUUCUCGCUU